CCGUUGUUCGAUCAGGUCGCGCCAGCCGGUAAUAAUUUGUCCCGAUACGGUCAGUAAAAUGUUACCCUUGACCGUCGUGUUGUUAAUCGCUCCGGCGGCGAUCUGGCCGGCGGCGGAUGCUCUCGAGCGUGAAUCACUGCUGCCGACACGCGAUCGACACAAGUGCGUACGAUCACCGACCACCGCCAGUGGCAGUGCAAUCCAGCGCGGUAGAAAGUUCUGUAGCGGCGAACUGAUCUUUGAAGAUAACUUUGACUUUUUCGACUUCGAAAUAUGGGAUCACGAGAACACGCUUGCCGGAGGAGGGAACUGGGAAUUCCAAUGGUAUACAAACAACCGUUCGAACUCGUUUGUCGAGGAUGGAAUUUUGUACAUUCGGCCCACGCUGACGGCAGAUGAGUAUGGAGACGGAUUUUUGACAUCUGGCACUGCAAGUUUGUGGGGUAAUCGACCUGUUGAACAAUGCACGAAUGCCGGCUUUUACGGUUGUGAACGACGGGGCACGGAAAUGAACAUAAUCAAUCCGGUGAAGAGUGCUCGAAUUCGGACGCUUUCUUCGUUUAACUUCAAAUACGGUCGGGCCGAGGUUCGUGCUAAGUUACCCUCUGGGGAUUGGCUUUGGCCUGCCAUCUGGUUGCUACCGAAGAAGAAUGUUUACGGAACUUGGCCGGCUUCGGGCGAGAUUGAUUUAAUGGAGUCGCGUGGCAACGAAAAUCUAACGGUGAAUAACGUUCAAAUUGGCACCCAGCAGGUGGGACAAACUCUGCACUUCGGACCGAAUCCGUCGAACAAUGGGUACAAUACGGCAACCGUUACGAAAAAUGCAAUGCCGGGAGCGGAAUUCAGUAAGGAUUUUAACAACUUCGGAUUCAUUUGGAGUCCGGAAAAUAUAACUGUCACCGUAAACGGAGAGCAGCUGGCUGUGAUUGAAGGUGGGGAAGGUUUCUGGAGGCGAGCCGGAUUCGAUAAGCGUAACAUGGAGAAUCCUUGGCGGUUCGGCAGUAAGAUGGCACCGUUCGAUCAGGAGUUUCACUUUAUUCUGAACCUAGCAGUCGGUGGAGUAAACGGAUAUUUUCCGGACAGCGCAGAGAAUCCGGCUGCCAAACCUUGGGAAAAUAGUUCCCCGAAGGCGGCUACCGAUUUCUGGGAUGGGCGCGAAAGUUGGCUACAGACGUGGAAUCUGGACAAGAAUGAGGGCAAAGGUGCCGCACUGCAGGUUGACUAUGUGAGAGUUUGGGCGCUGUAGAGUAUAUAUAUAUUUUUUUCAUUUUUUAACGUUACUUGACUCUGUGUGAAUGAAAAUAAUCAUUGUAGUAUAAAUGCUAAGGAAUAUACUUGUAAUACGUCAGUAGAAA